CCGGAGACGGAAACGAAACCUAGCUAGCAGGCAGAAACUGGGCAAGAAAAGUGAAGGAAAGUUGUGGAAUUGUCUAGGAAAAACAUGGGAAGUGAGGCAAAGAGCAAUGGCGGCAGCGGCGGAGGAGGAGCAUUCAGGUCAAAAAUAGAUCAUUUCUUGUACAGUGGUGACAAGAAGCAUGUCUUGGCUGGUAUCGCCAUCAUCAGUGUUGUUUUUGGCGUCCCCUGGUACCUUAUGAACCGAGGAUCAAAACAUCAGUCCCAUCAAGAUUACAUGGAAAGGGCUGAUAAAGCACGUAGUGAAAGACUUUCCUCUGGUUCUGCUUCUGCUCGAUGAGCAGGGAUUGGUUUCCAGUGAGAAUUUUGACAGUUAAAAGUAUAAUGGCCAUUGGUUAUCGAGCAUGCCUUCCUUGGCCUUUCAUUUGCCAAAACUAGUUUACCGCCCUGAUCAGGGUGAUUUUAUUUCUUAUGUUAUUGAGAUACGCAUGUGAUUAUCAGGUGAAAAGAUGAAAUAUUUGGGAAUUAGAAGCCCCACCAUCAGAAAUUUUCUUCUGGCAAUUUGGUAG